UGCGCGCGGUGCACCCUGGGAUAGGGCAACCUGCCGAUAGGCUGCAUAGUCGUCGUUUCGCUGCGCUCCGUGCUGGUUGUUGUGUACGCGUCGCUGCUGUGGUGUGUUGUUGGGCCGCGCGUGUGCUUCUGUGCGCGUGCCAUUCCCGUGGAUUAAACGGCUGCCAGCGUUGGAACAGGUUGAGGCAGCAGGUGGUGUAGUUCCUCCACUUCUGUUCCACCUCAGGCGUGCACGGCUGAGACAUGGUGGACUACUACUCGAUCCUCCUCGUCGCCAGGACUGCCACCACAGAUGACAUCAAAAAGGCGUACAGAAAGUUGGCUUUGAAGUGGCAUCCUGACAAAAAUCCAGACAAGAAGGAAGAAGCCGAACGGCGAUUCAAGGAAAUUUCCGAAGCCUAUGAAGUUCUUUCUGAUGACAAGAAACGCAAGGUGUACGACCGAUAUGGCAAGGAGGGCCUGAAUGGCACCGCCGGUGGCAUGCGGUCGGGUGCCCGCCACAACCACCAUCACUUCAACGGAUGCAUGGGUGGUGUCGGCGGAUUCUUUGACGAUGGGUUUGCCGCACCAUUCUUCAGCUUCACGUUCCGGGACCCAGAGGAGGUGUUCCGGGAGUUCUUUGGCACAGACUCAUUCCACAUGUUCUUUGACAACCCCUACACCGCCACCAACACGGGUCGCCAGCAGCAGCAUCUUCACAAUCAAGCUAGGCACGGUCAUUCGCCUCUUCUGAGUCGCCACCGGGCAAAUGUUGAGGGUGGAGGUCGCAGGGCUGCGGCCCGUAACCGUUUCUUGCACGGACAUUCAGCUGCAGCAGUUAACAGGAGAGAAGACUUCUUCCCCAUGUCUGGUUUCCCCAUACCAAACCUUGGCUUUCCUGACAUCUUUGGUGGAUUUGAUGGGUUCACGUCAGUAACAACAUCCACAUUCAGCACAGACAUGGGAGCGAUGCGGCCAGGUGUACGCAAGACGACGACGUCCACGCGGUUCGUCAAUGGCAAAAAGAUAGAGACUAGAAAGGUCCUGGAGAAUGGCGUGGAGACGGUCACUGUGCAUGAGGAUGGUGUUCUAACGAAAAAGACAGUCAAUGGCCAAGUUCAAGCGCUGGGAUAUAAGCACAAGUGAAAAGGACAUAUCCAGUACCCAUAUUGCCCCUGUGUGCUGCGCCUUUUUGGUGGAACCGACGUUGGGUCCCUGCUGGAGUGCUGCGCACUUUUAAGUUUUGAAUGACGAGAGAGAGCCAAGGGGUAGCAGUGGCCAGCUGUUGAAGACAACUCGAAGCAUGAAAGAUGUGUUGGACUGUGUGCGGUUGUGUGUGUAUGCAUGCUGUCGGAUCUUCCUCCGUCUUCAUUUGCCCCCUCCCCCCACCUCUCUUCCCCAUACAUAUUUGGUACUCCUUUUUGCUUUUAUAAGUAUAAAAGCAGUGAAAAUUCUUUAAUUGUAACAUUGUAAACAUUGUGGCUCAUUUCAUGCAGUUGAUUUUGGGGACCAACCUUUUCCUUCUGUGUUGUUUUGGUUAUGCACUCUGGUAGCAAGUGAAAGAGCUGAUAUCAGAAAUACAGGUCACUGAAAGGAAAGUGCCGGCAAAGUGCACGUCCUGUCCAUUGCAGAGGUAGCAAAGAAUGCUCAUAGUAUUGAUAAGAUACUACAUGGUUGACUAAAAAAGUUUUAGGUAUACAUGCUCUAUGCUCUAAAUAAGGAGAUAGGAUGCUGCUUGCCCUCAUUGAAAUUUGAUGUUGUUGGAUGUAGUGCUUCUGCUGUCCUUCUCAGCAUGUAAAUGUUUAGGGAGGCAUCUGCGGUGAUCUCAAGAACAAAAAUCUUAGAGGUUAGUUAUGAUGGCACAUAUGCUUUGUUAUGUAAUAGUGACAAAAGUUGUACUUGCUACAUUGCAGUUGUGCCUGUCAUGUCUCCACAAGGCCCCUGCAUGUAUAUCUGGCUUCUAGUCCCUGAUAUUCCUUCCUAACUCCCUUGACACUAGAAUUUCACACAUGCUUUUUUUUAGUCUUAAAAGUGGUCAACGUGCGGGCGUAUUUUUUCUUCUUUUCGCGGUAUGUAACAGUUAAAUUCAAAACCUACCACAGCAUGUGGCACUUAACGUUUUCGUACUGUAAAUGUGGAAAAAUAUUGUUGCUCUGUAGUUGUAGGAUUGGGACCACCUUUGUUGAAGUUUGCCCAUGCAUAGAUGAGUGGUCUCUAUUUGUUACUGUAGGUACUCAGUAGAUGGGCAGGGCACAUUUAAUUCACUGGCUACUUUUGUUUAAGUCUGUUCUCACUUACUAUGUUAAUGCUGUCUCUACUGGUGUGACGUGAGUUACGUGUGCUGUACAGUCUCCCGUUUUCUUUUUUUAUCAGUUAUAAGGAUCACUGAUAUGUGUGAACACAUUCCACACUACUUUUGCAAGUCCCCAUGUGGGCGAUGCAGGAACACUCUGCUGUGUGUUUUCAUUGAGUCUUUAAAGCAUUGCUCCUGUAAGCCCAGUUUUAUUUUGAAACCAAAAGAGAAGGGGCUGCAUACUUGUUAAGGAGUCUAUGUUGUCUGUAAAUACUUGUAACUUGUGUGAAACUAGCUACUUUUAAAUUAUGAUGCAGUUCCAUUGUUGUGCACACCACUGAAUGUGUUUAGUCUUGGUCAGGUUGCAGGUGUGUUCAGUCUGUAAAUAAAACUAAUAUGCCAUCC